AGAAAUAUCAGUCAGAUACAUGAUUUCCUAAGAUAAAGUUUAGUUGUGAAGUAAUAAAUUACUAAAAUUAUAAACAGUUUCGGCGGAAAAAUUUUUCACAACAUCCUCCAACCCUUUCGGUUUCAAAAUUAUGCCCACACUUUUUGAAAGCCUACUUAUUGCUCCACCACCAGCUCCAACGCCACCUUCUCCUCCUCCGCCAACUCCAACAUCGCCAGAAACUGGAGCUCCGCCCGCUUUGCGGGUCAUCCAUCUGGAGACGGAGCAGAACGAUGAAGAGCGCCGUCGCCAAAUUUCCGUCAAUAAAUACGGCGGAUUUUGUGUGCAUGCGAUUAUUGCCGGAAUGCUCUGCAUCAUGCUACUGGUAUUGUUCUGUGCGGCUCCCAUAGGUCAGGAUGAUUUGCUGGACAAGUCAACCGCAGAGCGGUUAGAGCGCCAGCGGCGAUAUUUCGAGGCCAAGGAGGAGCGUCUGCGCCUGGGCGGCCGGAUGGAGAUGAGUCCGCUGGAGGAGGUGGCCAAUGGCCGGCUAAUGGCUGUCAAGAUGGUGGACGACGAGGUGCACAACCUGUGGAAGAACUACCACUCCCAGCCACCUCCGUUCCUCCGGCAUCACAACAUUAGUGAGACGGACCUGUACGGCUUGUUGAGGAGCAUGCCCAAGGGUGGAUUGCUCCAUAUCCACGAUUCCGGGAUGAUGAGAGUCGAUAUACUAAUUGGGCUCACCUACCAAGAUAGUCUGUGGGUUUGCGUUAAUGGGGACCAAGGUUUUGAGGACUUUAGGUUCUCAAAAACCUAUCCACACAUCCAACCAUCAGGGGACGAGGACUAUCAGUGCACCUGGAUGCUGCUGAGCAACUUCUUCCAAUACGAAAAUCGCACCGUCUAUAAGGCCAAGUUACGCGAAUGUCUCGUCGUCCGGCCGGAGGGAUAUGCCAGCUCCUCGGAGCUGGCCCGACAUUUGCGCCGGGCUCAGAGGCUUAUCCACGGCCUGGUCACCUAUUAUCCGCUGUGGUCCAACUUUCUGGGCUGUAUGCUCCAGGACUUUUAUGACGACGGAGUGCAGUAUGUGGAGCUGCGCUCUUCGUUACCAAUCUUGUAUGAUCUUGAGGGAACAAAUUUUACCAUUUUGGAUACGGCAAGUUCCAUGAUCAAUGCCGUCAGAGUAUUCCAGAACACGCGCAGGGACUUUAUUGGGGUUAAGCUGAUCUAUGCCCCUUCAAGAGACUAUAAUGAUAGUCGUAUCGAUCAAUACCUGGAAAAUGCACGUCUCCUGAAGGCCCACUAUCCCGACUUCUUUGCGGGCUUCGACCUGAACACUUUUGGGGACGAGUGCAGUUUGCCGCUUUUGGGAAGGGCCACCCAACUCCUGAAUGUCGGCAAGAACAUAGACUUCUACUUCCAUGCGGGCGAAUCAAAGUGUCCGGACAGCUACCGCCCGGAUGCUAAUCUCAUAGAUGCAUUCUUACUGGACAGCAAGCGUCUGGGCAAUUCGCUAAAUAUUCCGCUGCAUCCGGAGAUCAUGAAGGCCCUGAAAUCUCUGCAAAUAGCCGUGGAACUGUGCCCGCUCUCCAAUCACUAUCUACAGUUCUUCAAUGAUUUCCGACAGCAUCCGGCGGCUUAUUUGAUUGCGGCUGGCUUUCCGGUUGUGAUCGGUUCGGAUUAUCCCUAUUUCUGGAACUCAGCCCCUCUGACCGAUGACUUCUAUGUGACGUUUGUGGGCGUGGUCAGCGGCUUUAACAAUCUGCGCGUUCUCAAGCAGCUGGCCCUGAACUCCUUCCUCUACAGCUCUCUCAGCCACAGUGAGCGCCGGAUGGCCAUGGCCAAGUGGCACUGCAGUUGGAAUCGGUGGAUCAAGAACUUUGUGAACAAUGACAAAUUCAAAGACGCUGCGUGAAAAAACGAUUCUGGUUUCAACCACAAAGUUCUGUCCGUCAAAAAUACGAUUAACAAAAAAUUGAGUCAGUAAAUAGAAUGCGUCAAAAGUGAAAUGAAUUUUUCCUACAUGAACAGUUUGUUAUAUUUAUUAUAAAAUCUAAAAAAUAAUCUCUACUUUAAUAUAAGUACCCAUUUGAAUAA